AUGGGGGGCUUCGUCUGCCCCCGCUGCCGCAUGGCCUUCAGCUCCCAGCCACUGCUGCGGGCGCAUGAGGAGAAGCUGUGCCUCGGGAUGCCGGCGGCCACCAGCUCCCGCCUCCCUGGGGGGGACCUGCUGCCUGCAGAGGGGGCUCCGGGCAUGUUGGGGAGGCCACAGGACACGGUAGUGUGGCGCUGGGUCUGGGGCAGAGCAUGCGGGGAUGGGACAGGCAGUGGGGAUGGGGACAGGGAUGUGCUGUGGGUCGGGGUGUCCCAGCCCAGGGACCACGCUGAGCCGGGCCAUCUCCUCCUGCUUCCUGGGCCCCCACUGGCCAUGCAGGGGUCCAGGCGAGCACGGGGGGCUCCCCUCGGGGACGUGCUCACCCCCCGCGAGAGAGCCCUGCUCCGUGCAGCUGAGCCCGCUUCCAGAAGCAUGACAGUGGAGCAGGCUGUGCCCGCCCGGCGGCCAGCCCCACCACAGGGACACCAGCAGCAGCCACAGGAGCUGGUGGAGGCCCACGAACGCCACGUAGCCGAAAUCCGGGCCAGGACCCAGCAGCUGGAGCAGCAGAGAGAGGGGCUGUGCCAGCGGCUGGUGGCACUGGGGGAUCAGGCGGCUGUAGACCCUCACCCCAAGCAGGGGGAUGUGGAGCUGAUCCAGGCCCCGGGGACCCUACGGGAUCCAGUGGGACACAUGGAUGCAGCACACAGACAGGCCACCCUGCACCUCGCCACCCUCCUGCCAGCCACCGGGCCCCUCGCCGCCGAGGCCAGGGCCCUGCGACUGUCCUACCUGCGCGCCGGGGGACAUGACCCGCACAUCCUGGACCAGCUCCUCCACCUCCAGGUGGAGGCCACGGUGCUGGAGAAGGGACCCACGGGGCAGCGCAGGAGCAGGAGGAUGGCUGAGCCCCCUCCAGCCGUGCCGGCAGAGCCCCCCAGCGCUGGUGCGCGGGGCCUGGAUGCGGCGCUGCUGGCAGUGGAGCUGGAGAACCGGCGGUUGGAAGAUGAGCUCUUGGCGCUGAAGGUCAGGAGGGAGAAGAGAGCUGAUGCCGGCUCGCAGGCAGCCCAGCGGCAGGCGGAGGAGCUGGCCCAGCUCCAGGCAGAGGUGGGGAUGCUGCGGUGCCACACGGAGCGAAUGGGGCCCCGGCUGCCCCCUGCCAUCUUCCCGCCCCCUGUGGCCCCCCCACUCCCACCAGCCCCGGCUGCACCAGAGCUGCUGGCGGACUUCCCCAGGCCUGUGCUGGGCACAGGCAGCCCCACAGCCCCCGGCCACCCCCAUGUGCCCCCCGGCCUCCCCCUCACCUCCUUUGUGGCCCUGGAGGAUCCUCCACCUGCUCAGGAGCUCCCAGCACAGCACCAACCUCCCCAUCCCCAAAGGUGA